AUGCUAUACUCUAUUGUUUCAGUUCUAUUGGUGUUUAUCAGUGGAUUCUGUGCGGCAGAAUCCAGUAACUAUGCACCAUUUGCGAUUUCAUUACCUGCAUUCUCAAAAGAAUGUUUAUACCAUGACUUGAUGUCUGCUGACGACGCCUUAGUGGUAGGUUACCAAGUGUUGACUGGUGGCAACUUUGAAAUCGAUUUCGAAAUCACUUCCCCAGAUGGAUCCGUCAUUAUCUCGGAGAAACAAAAGAAAUACUCUGAUUUCCUAUUGAAAUCGUUUGGUAUCGGUCAAUACAAGUUCUGUUUCACAAACACUCACGGUACUGCGCUGAAGAAAGUUGAACUUACGUUAGAAUUGGAAAAGAGGACUAUGGGGUCCGAGAAGGAGAAUCCAGAGGAUGUGAUCACGAACAAUGCAAUCGAAGAGAUCGACAGAAACUUGAACAAGAUCAGAAAGAUGAUGGACUACCUGAGAGCCAGAGAAUGGAGAAAUAUGUCGACUGUGCAAUCUACAGAGUCCCGUAUUGUAUGGCUAUCCAUUUUGACAAUGGGUAUCAUGGCCAGUAUCAGUACUUUACAAGCUACCGUCGUCCAUUUCAUGUUCAAAGAUCGUCAAAGAAACUAUGUUUAA